CCGAAUUGAGGCUAACGUGCGCCAGCCUGAUUCCGUACCGUUAGCCAUGGCAGCGAGAAACCAGUCUCACCCUCAGCAUCACAACCAGAUGAAGAAGAAAGUCCCUCUCUUCCCUUUACUCUCCCUUCUCUGCUUCGUCUCCAUCUUCUUCCUCCUCUCUCUCAUUCGGAAGACCUCCAUUCCUUCGCAAUCUCCUCGUCACCAGCAACAGAGCUUCCAAUUCCACGACAUCGAUGGGUCAGCCGGGAACCCAUCCUCUGGGCCCUGCGGCUACUCCGACGGGUCGUGGGUUUACGACCAGAGUGCCAGACCUUCGAGGUAUGACAACACCUGCAAGGAGAUAUUCAAGGGCUGGAACUGCAUCUCCAGCAACAAAUCCAACGCUCGCGAUCUCAUCAAGUGGCGGAGGAAGCCCACGCAGUGUGAUCUCCCUCCCUUCGAUCCGGCGUCGUUUCUGCAGAAGUACAGGGACACCAGCAUUGGGUUUGUUGGUGAUUCCUUGAAUAGGAAUAUGUUUGUUUCGCUUUUCUGCUCUCUAAGAAGCAUCUCGAAUGAGGUGAAGAAAUGGCGGCCGGCAGGAGCUGAUCGUGGGUUUACGUUUUUUCAGUAUAAUCUCACCAUUGCAUAUCAUCGAACUAACCUUUUGGCGCGAUAUGGUAGGUGGUCAGCUAAUACCAAUGGUGGUGAUUUGGAAUCUCUUGGGUUUAAAGAGGGUUAUAGGGUUGAUGUUGACAUCCCAGGAGGCACAUGGGCAGAUGCUCCUAGGUUUCAUGACAUUCUAAUCUUAAACACAGGACACUGGUGGUGGGCUCCCUCAAACUUUGACCCAGUAAAAUCACCCAUGCUUUUCUUUGAAAAUGGUCAACCUGUGAUUCCUCCAAUAUCCCCUGAAGUGGGCAUUGAUAUUGUUUUGAAGCACAUGGUAUCAUUUAUCGACAAGAGAAUGCGCCCUGGUUUGAUCAAAUUCUUCCGUACACAAUCACCUAGACAUUUUGAAGGAGGUGACUGGAACCAAGGUGGUUCUUGUCAACGGUUGGAACCUUUGUCGCCAGAGCAGGUUGAAGAACUCUUCUCGCUGAAGAAUAAUGGAACAAAUAUUGAACCACGUUUGGUAAAUCAGCACCUAUUCAAGGCUCUUAAGGGGUCUGAUUUUCGUAUUUUGGAUAUUACCCGUAUGAGUGAGUUCAGAGCAGAUGCACAUCCAUCUACAGCCGGGGGGAAGAAGCAUGAUGAUUGUAUGCAUUGGUGCUUACCAGGAAUUACUGAGACUUGGAAUGAGUUGUUCAUAGAGCAUCUAAAUAACAUUAAGGUGGUGUUUGGCAAGAUAUAUUCCAAGGAUGUCCGUAACAUCAUCCGGAGAAAGAAACUCGAUAACACGCUGCUCGAGAACUUGAGGAUUAAGUUGCUGUCAGCUGAGUGGGUGCUGAAUGAUGCUGAGGAGAAGCAAAUAAAAAACCGAGAUGUGAGGAAGUGGCUUGCUAACCUGAAGGAAGUAAUCUAUGAUGCAGAUAACUUGUUGGACGAGAUCAAUACUGAAGCUUUGCGAUGUGAGAUUGAAGGUGAAUCUGAAAACACCUCACAACAGGUACUGAAUUUCAUCUCAACUCCAUUUACUGCAUUUAACAAACCGGAUGUCGAGUCGAAGAUAGAGGAAAUCCAUCGUAGAUUGGAUAUUAUUUUACAGCAAAAGGAUGUCCUUGGCCUCAAACUAGGUGUUCAAAACAAACCUCCACGAAGAACACCUUCAACUUCUUUAGUAGAAGAAUCUGCUGUGUAUGGCAGGAGUGAUGACAAAAAUGCCAUCCUUGAUUUGUUGCUAUCAGAUGAAGUUGGUGGCAAUAAGAUUUCGGUGAUUCCCAUAGUGGGUAUGGGCGGGAUUGGCAAGACCACCCUUGCUCAGCUCAUUUACAAUAGUGACGAUGUAAUGAACCAUUUUGAGAUCAAAGCAUGGGCUUGCGUCUCAGAUGAUUUUGAUGUUUUUGGAACCACAAAAAUAAUUUUUGAGUCGAUUACAUCUCAAACAUGUGAUAUUACAGACUUAAAUCGACUUCAAGAAAACUUAAAGCAGAAGUUGGUGGAAACGAAAUUUCUCUUUGUUUUAGAUGAUGUUUGGAAUGAGGAUUAUAUUGAGUGGGAUAAGUUGAAAAGUCCUUUUGAAUUUGGAGCACGUGGAAGUAAAAUCAUUGUGACAACACGCAGUGACAAAGUUGCAAAUAGGGUGCGGAAUGUUCUGAGUUAUACGCUAAAAACAAUGUCUGAAGAUGACUGUUGGUUGAUAUUCGUAAAGCAUGCCUUUGGUAAUAUAGAGCCAGGUGCACAUCCCGAUUUGGUAGAAAUUGGUAGAAAACUUGUGAGAAAGUGUCAAGGUCUUCCAUUGGCCAUAAAAUCCCUUGGUGGUCUCUUGCGUAAUGAAGAAAAUCCACAUGAAUGGGAGAGAAUUCUAAAGAAUGACAUAUGGGAGUCAUCUCAAAAGGAACAUGACAUUCUUCCAUCCCUUUGGUUGAGCUAUUAUUAUCUGCCUCAACAUCUUAAAAGAUGUUUUGCUUACUGCUCAAUUUUUCCAAAGGAUUAUUUCUUUGAGAAAAAAGAUCUAAUUUUACUGUGGAUGGGAGAAAAUCUUUUGGAGCCGCUUAAAAAUAAGACUGCAGAAGAAGUUGGAGAGGAAUACUUCAACGAUCUGCUCUCAAGGUCAUUGUUUCAGGGCACUGAGAGUGGCAAGUUUACUUUGCAUGACCUUGUCAAUGAUUUGGCUAUGUUUGUAUCCGGUGACUCUUGUUUUAGGUUGGAUAACAAUGUCUCAGAAGUUGCAAGAAAGAGUACUCGUCAUUUGUUACAAUGUGGCAGCCAUUAUAUCAAGAAUUUGAAUUUUGAGGAUUUAUGUAAUAAGAAGAUAUUGCGCACUCUGAUAUUGAAAGAUAUUUAUCCAUCUGGAUACGUGAUAGAUAUUCUUGAAAAGUUGCAAUCAAUGCAGUACUUGAGAGUGCUUGAUGUAUGUCAAGAUCGUUAUUAUAUGGUGCUCAACUCGAUUGUACUUGAAAGUUCUCGCAUGACAAUGGUGCUCAACUCAAUUGCCAGUUUGAAGCUCUUAAGAUAUCUGAGGUUCGUUUGUGCUGGAAUUAAAGAAAUACCUGAUUCAAUUUGUACUUUGUACAAUUUACAGACAUUAAUUCUAAGAGAGUGUGGCAUCACUAGGUUGCCAGAUUCAAUUGGCAAUUUGAAACAUCUAAGGUAUUUGGACUUAAGUCGGUCUCCGAUUAAUAAGAUACCAGAUUCAAUUGGCAAUUUGGAACAUUUAAGCCAUUUGGACUUGAGUAGUACUCGGAUUGAAAAUAUACCCGACACGGUAUGUAAUUUGCAUGAGUUGCAUACAUUGAACUUGUACGGUUGUUACAGUCUUAAACGUUUGCCAAAUAGCAUCACAACUCUAAUCAACUUGCGCCAUCUCAGUAUUUCGGACACUCCCCACACCGCUAUGAUCUUGCAAGAAUGGCCAGCAUUGAGAGAGAUGCCACCCCAAAUGUGCAAGUUGAAAAAUCUGCAAACAUUAGCAGCGUUUGUCGUAGGAAAAGAUAGCGGAUCCAAUAUUAAAGAGCUGGGUGAGCUUCAACAUCUGCAGGGACCUGAUCUUUUUAUCGAAGGACUUGAGAAUGUAAUAAAUGAGGAAGAUGCUUCGGGGGCCAAAUUGGAGGAUAAGAAGCGUAUUAUUCGACUGCGUUUGGGGUGGAAGGGUGAUAGUGACGAUUCGCAGCUAGCACGAGAGGUUUUGGACAGACUCCAACCGCAUACAAAUCUGGAGGAAUUAUUUAUUCGGGGGUAUGGAGGUACAAGCUUCCCGCCUUGGGUUGGACACCAUUCAUUUUUUUGUAUAAAAUACUUAGGGCUGUUUGAUUGUAGAAACUGUUGUUGGUUGCCUGCACUGGGACAGCUACCUUCCUUGGAAUCCCUCAAGAUUGAUGGAUUUAAUAUGUUGGAGAAGAUAGGCAAUGAAUUUUACAGUGACAGUGAUGGUUCUUCUUCUUCUUCUUCUUCUGCGAUCACUAAACCAUUCAAAUCGUUAAAAAUCUUGCAGUUUUCACGUAUGGCAGAGUGGAGGAAGUGGUCAGUGGUGGAAGUUGAAGGUAACAGAGACGAAGGUCGUGGAGUUUUCUCAAACCUUAAGGAGCUUCAGUUGGCAGACUGUCCGAAGUUAAAAAGGGAGUGCUUACCGGAUUAUUUUUCUUCUUUGGAAACUCUUACGAUAUGGGGAAGUCACCACCUGGCGGCCUCACUCUCACGGCAUCGAUACCCAUCGUUGCGUGUAUUGAGAAUAUUGUUUUGUAAAAAAAUGAAGACAUUCCCGGAAGGGAGGUUGCCCUCCGAUAUACAAUCAAUUGAUAUUUCGGGAUGCGAUGAACUGGCGUCACUUUCGGACGAGGGAUGGCCUUCCAAUUUAAAAUCACUUCAAAUUAGAAAUUGUUCGAAGCUCUUUGUACGGAGCAACAUCGCGCAGUGCAAUCUGGGAAUGCUCACCUCUCUUACAUCCUUACAUAUCGGUCAUAUAAAUGAAGUGGAUACAUUUCCGGAGAAGGAAGGCCAGCUUCCCACCUCUCUCACUUCUCUUGAUCUAUCUGUUAUUCCAAACCUUAAAUCCCUACAUGGAAAGGCCUUCCAACAGCUCACCUCCCUUCGAAAGAUGUCGAUUAAUCUGUGCGAACGGCUCCAGUGCUUGCCAGAAGAAAGACUGCCCGCAUCUAUUUCUGAGUUGAGGAUCAGCGGUUGUCCAUUGCUAACGCCACGGUGCCAGAGAGAAACAGGGGAGGAUUGGCCCAAAAUCCAUCACAUCCCGAGCAUAAUCAUAGGUUCGCGUAAAAUAUGAUUACAAUCAUGUCCUAUAUAUGUCCGCCUUCUCUGUACACAUUUCAGUCGUGAUUACUUAUUUCGUGCAAUGGGCCAAAACCUGGUGCUAUUUCGCACGCACAAUGGGAUAAGGGAUUUCCUUCAAAGUUUCCACAUUCAAAACAUCCUUCUUCCUUCUAUCACCUGCAAUGCUUGCCAUAAGAAGAAGUCCAUUUCCUGUAAUAUAUCCUCUGUUAUCUGCCGCUAUCAUCCUGGAUAGAAGAAAUAGAAAACGCGUUAUAAUUUUGGAAGCAAACUGUUGUCGUUCACAGUAGCUGAUUCAAAAACCUAACUCUUUUCGGUUUUGAAAUACAGUUCUAGCUCUUCUUCACCAAUUCAGCGUUCAGUUAGCAUCCCCUGCACAACUGAUUGUAUUUCAGAUGUUUGAGUUCCCAAAGAUGGACUUUUUAAGUUUAUACAGGAAAACUCAGGAUUUUAAGGCAUAUCACAGCAGGUGUACUGCCAAUUGUAACAUAUCUGCCACUAUUUGAUGUCAACAGUUGGUGGCCUCAUUUACAAGAUGUCAAUAUGCGGGCGCUGCAUUUUCAUCUCCUUGGAAUUCGAAGACAACGGGUUUCCCAAAAUGUUUCGUCCAGUGGAGAAUUUGGGUUUUCCUGUAAUUUGGAUUCACUUGAAAUUACCAGCUGCAAAAUCGAUCUUCGCAAACUGCUUUCACUGGGGUCUCCAAACUAUCAGUUUUGCUCAUAUACUAUGUAAAUGUAAAUGUAAACAUGUUUAGGAUUCGCUCUCAGAGGAGGGUCUGCUUCGAGCUUAUGUGGUUGAACUCUUCCUAUACCAUUUUCCAAACCUUAAUCCUUAGGCAGAAAGGAUUUUCAACAUCUUAAGAGUUGUCCAUUUCUUACUGUGGCGAGUUACAGUGCUUGCCCGAAGGAGGGCUGCCCACUUGUAUUUCUUAUUUGAAAAUCUAUGGAUGUCCUUUGCUAACCCAAUGGUGGCAAUGCAGUGAGAAAAGGGGUAGUAUUUGCCCAAGUUUUUCCCCUAUGUUAGGACUGAUGAUGAGCUGAUAUGAAGUGCAUUGAGCAGAUUUGUCCAUCCCUACUUGCCAUACAAUCAAAUUUUGAGUUUGUAAUUUCUGUUUCCAAAAGUGACUGGAUCGCAUUUCUGAUGAAAUUAUCAUUGACUAGGAAUUUAUUUAUUUAAUUUUUUUACUGUAAGUAUUACUUAUACAAGUUGUUGUUUCACCUGCCUCUCAGGAAAUGCUUUUAUUUAUUUAUUUUUUUAAUUUAUAUUGAUUCACAAGUCA